AUGGAAUCGACGUCAUGGAAGUCCUCCUUUUCCGUCACCGUUGUCCGUCACUUCUACCUUCUGUCAAGACGAGUAACCCUAACCCUAUCCCGCCGCCACGAUGAACCGCCUUCUGAGGAAAAUGUUGUGCUACCAACACAGUCAUCAGACGUAACGCAUGAAUUUUAUCAGAAGCCAGAGGAAGUUGUUGUGAGCAUAUUUGCCAAGGGAAUUGCAGCUAACCAUGUGUCUAUCAAUUAUGGCGAGCAAAUAAUAAGUGUAACUAUUGAUGUCCCUGGGGAAGAUUCUUACAUUUUUCAACCUCGCUUUUUUUGGAAGAUAGUACCUGCAAGGUGUGGAUUUGAAGUUCUGUCAACCAAAGUUGAAAUCUGGCUUGCAAAAGCUGAACCUAUUCAGUGAAUUUUGUUUAUUGUUUUGAAAACACCAUUGGUGAGUGAGAUCAAGGAAAUAAAGGCAAAGAGUCAGAGAGGUGAAGGUAUUCUUCUUUCCAUUGUUGCUGGAAACCAACAUUCCAUCAUGCCAAAUCUUGAAUUUGAAUAUUCUGAUAAUGAUAUUCAUGAAGAUGCAUUUAAACUAAUUAAAUAUUCAUGUGAAGAGAUUUGCACAACGAAAGAACAAUCCAACAAAGUUUUUAAUAGGGGUGUAAACGAGCCGAGUCGAGCCGAAUACUACCAAGCUCGAAGCUCGGCUCGACUAAAAUACUCGAACUCGAAACUCGACUCGAGCCUUGAUUUUAAGCUCGAGCUCGGGCUCGUGAAAUGCCCGACAGUCUCAAGCUCGGAUCGGCUCGGCUUGACUAAAAUUUAA